GGGUCUGGUUGGUUGAGAAUGUUUGCCAUCGCACUUUUGUUUCAUUUCAAUCUGAAUGCACAAGCGCAGGACCUUUCCGUUUCAGUCGAAAUGGAGGGAAGCAGCUCAUCAGCACUGGGCCUGUAUGUGUUUUUCACUGUGGUGCUCGGGACAGCAGUUGCCAUCCACUUUCGGAAAUCUGAAGCGCGUUUAAAUUUGAGCCCCUCCAGCAGUGUCUUUUUGUUGCUGUUGGUAGCUGCGUCCCUCUGUUCUAUUUACUUACCGCAGUACGUGGGGUUCGUGCUUUUCAAUGUAUGCUGCUUUCUGGUUUAUCGAUCGCUCUGCUCCAACGGAAUACUCUCUCCGAAAGGGAAAACUGUUCUGAUCACUGGUUGUGACUCAGGCUUUGGUCACACUUUGGCCAAGCGACUCCAUUCUCUUGGUUUCCGUGUGUUUGCAUUGGUGCUUCAAGAAGAGAGCGAUGGUGCUCAAGAACUCAAGUCGAUUUGUUCUGACCGACUCACCGUCAUUGAAAUGGAUGUAACAAAUCAUGCAGUGAUCCAAGAAGUCCAAAAAGAAGUUGCAAAACAAUUGAAUGGCAGGGGACUCUUUGCAUUAGUUAAUAAUGCUGGCAUCAUAAUCCACAUUGGUGACGCAGAAAUCAUCCCAACAGAUGCUUACAAACGAUGCAUGGAAGUCAAUUUCCUUGGAACAGUCCAAGUUACCAAAGCAUUUUUACCCUUAAUUCGUCAAGCAAAAGGAAGGAUUGUUAACAUUUCUAGUCCGUCAGGGGAACUACCAUUGGGAAGCAUGUCAGCAUAUGGAGCAUCCAAAGCAGCACUAGAGUUUUUUUCAGACAUUUUGCGUCAAGAAAUGAAACCCUGGGGAGUAAAAAUAUCCAUCAUCCAACCUGGUGCCACCAAAACAGCGCAUGUUGGAAAUGUCAACUUCUGGACACAACAACAUCAAAAGCUUGUGGAUGGCCUCUCUCCAGAGCUCCUUCAUGAUUACGGAGAAGAAUAUAUUGAUGAAAUUCGACAAAGGAUCAUGACAAUUGGUUCACUUUUCCGACAGCAAGUAGGCCCAGUCAUUGACACAAUUGUCACUGCUUUGUUAGCACAAAACCCAAAACCUAGAUACUCCACUGAGUUUGUGAUUGACGUGCUAAAAGCUCUGUACUACUUCCUGCCUUCUUUGGUCACUGAUAUUGUUCUUAAUCAAGUUUUUAUUGCUCACAGACUUUCACCAAAAGGUGCAAGAAGGGGUAACAUCAGCCAGUGAAACUCUUAAUGCUUGAGGCUUGCAUUUUAUAUGUAAUGCUUUCAAAUGAAUAAAUAUGUAUUAUGCAAUUUUGCUGGUCACAUUGAGUAAGCUAGUUUUAUGCUGAGCUGAACAUUAAUGUAAAAUGUAAGUGUGUUAAGUAGGAAUUGUAUUUUGCAUCAAAUAAACAUAGAAAGUAAAUUGGCUUGUGUAAACAGUGAAUAAUGAUGCCUCAUUAAAAGCAGUCUGUGAACACUAAUACUAAUUUGGUGAAUGAUAAAAUGGAUAAGGUGUGAAGUAGCACAAGGCAAAGAUACUAAUUGAAUUAGCAGACGCAGACAUGUUAGCGUCUUUUAAGAUAUAUUUGGACAGGUACAUGGAUGGGCAGGGAGCAAAUGGACACAGAUCCUUAGAAAAUAGACGAUAGUUUGGACAGAGGAUCUUGAUCGGCGCAGGCUUGGAGGGCAGAAGGGCCUGUUCCUGUGCGGUAAUCUUCUUUGUUCUCUUUGAAUGUUCUUCACUGUUUCUGCAGAAUGCCUCAUUCCUAGAUACAGUUAAAAAGGAAAACCAAAUAGAGACCAUUUAUAUUAGAUCUCUGUUGUUUAGGAUUAAGAUUAUCUGUGGAUUCCUGAGGUUGUGAUUGGGUUUGUACCAGAAGUAGCUGCAUAGUAAUGUGAUUGGACAGGAUCUUCCCAGGCAUUCAACUACUUUUUCACACCAGCGAAUCUUUUGGGAACCCAAGUGAUUGGAUGCCUGAGGAAAACUGACGGUGGGGCUUGAACUGAUUCUUUGGGGUAACCAGAAGCCGCAAGAGAACAAAUAGAUAAGUUCUAGCAGGGCACGUUCCGAUCUUGUGGUGCCUUAAGGCACAUGAUUUCCAAUCAUAGCCUAGCAGCUGGAUACCAAUGAGUCUUCGUGCUCAAACUAUAUUGAAUCUCACUGUGGGACUUGCAUACAGCUCGCACACUGCUCUGGGAGGAAAUUAUUGCUCAGAUUUGCUGGAAACCUCUUGGAAUGGGAUCAAAAAUCCUAAAGCAGAGAAUCAUAUUUCAUUAUGCUUAUUGAUAUAGUUGUGUGGGACUUUGUAUGUGAAUUAAAUUUGAUUUGUCUCUUGUACUUUCUUGGCAUUUGUUAUUGUCCUGCUCUUUUUGUCAAGGUUUCACUUUGCAAAUUAAAAGCAUUAUAAAUCAGAUCCUGUGCAUUAAUCUUGUAUUAGUCUAUGAAUUUCAGCCAAUUUGGGGGAAAAGAGUUAAGAGAACAUGCCACUUUUAAUAUAUCCAGGCACAUAAAUGAUUAGAAUUAAUUUGGCUGCAAUAUAAUUGUGCCUUUAUUGUUUAACCUGAAGAUGUAAAGAUCAAAGAAGUCUGGUUUUGGAAAACAAAAUCAAAAGCCAUUCAAAAGUUAACUACACAUAUUUAU